GAAACAUAAUGAUGGUUUCAAUGGAGGGCAACAAGGACCCUUUCUUAUUUCUUCUUUGAACCACAUUCACAUUCACAUUCACAUUCGUCACCCUAAAAACAAAAGCAGCAAUAAUAUUCAAUUUCUCAAUACAAAAAUCCCUCUCAAGCAUAGAAGUGAUAGAACUUAGGACUCCGUCUCUCUCUGUAUUUUCUUCUCCGAUGGAUGGAAUGGAAGGCAUAGAAGACUUUUUUGGGUACCCCAGCUUGAUCGACGAACCCCAAUUCCCCAAUUUUCUCUGGUCCAAUCCCAGCCCUUCAUUUCCUGAGAUCGAAUUCUCUUCUUAUAGUGGUGUUGCUGCUCCCUCACAGACCCAGGAAAAACAGUGCCCUCGCAAGAGGGGACGAACCGAGUCUUGGAGUGGCUCAGGAGCCAAAGCUUGCCGUGAGAAAUUGAGGAGGGAGAGAUUGAAUGACAAGUUUGUGGAUUUGAGUGCUGUUUUGGAACCUGGGAGGCCAGCCAAGACUGACAAGCCUGCUAUACUUGAUGAUGCCAUUAGGGUCUUGACCCAACUGAGAGCUGAAGCUCAGGAGAUUACACAGACAAAUGAAAAGUUGCUUGAAGAGAUAAAGAGUUUAAAGGCAGAAAAGAAUGAACUUCGUGAAGAGAAAGUUGUACUGAAAGCAGACAAAGAAAAGCUGGAACAGCAGUUGAAAGCUAUGACCAUUCCACCUUCUGGGUUUAUGCCAGCCCACCCAGCAGUCCCUGCCGCAUAUCACCCUGGGGCAAGCAAGAUGGCAGUCUAUCCUAGCUAUGGCAUGAUUCCAAUGUGGCACUAUUUACCUCCAUCAACCCGUGAUACAUCUCGUGAUCACGAGCUUAGGCCUCCUGCUGCUUAGAUAUACAGAACUAUUUGGACAACAAUAGAUGCUUUGUUUUGCAUUUACUUAAAAUUUUUAUUACUUGUUGACAAAUGUACAUGUCACUGAUUUUUCAAUUUGCCUGAUUUAAUUCGGCUGAUGGCAAAUGUGUGAUAGAAUUGUUGAUGUAGCUAGAAGGUGCUUUUUGAGAAUAAAUUAUAAAUGUCCAGUCUUGACAGUGUA